CGGAAGGAAACGACGCCACCACGAAAAAGGAGCCGGUGGCAGCUGGGUUCCUGCGCAGAUGCUGGGGCUGUAGGCGCCGCGCGGCCGGCUGGUUGCGGCUCGCAGGGAGGACGCCGGCGCUCGCCUUCCCUCCGCUGCCCCCGCCGCUGCCAUGAUUCCGGUAUCGCUGGUGGUGGUGGUGGUGGGCGGCUGGACUGCCGUCUACCUGACCGACUUGGUGUUGAAGUCAUCUGUGUAUUUUAAACAUUCUUAUGAAGACUGGCUGGAAAACAACGGAUUGAGCAUCUCCCCUUUUCACAUAAGAUGGCAGACUGCUGUUUUCAAUCGUGCCUUUUACAGUUGGGGACGGCGGAAAGCAAGGAUGCUUUACCAGUGGUUCAAUUUUGGAAUGGUGUUUGGUGUAAUUGCCAUGUUCAGCUCUUUUUUUCUUCUGGGGAAAACACUGAUGCAGACUUUAGGCCAAAUGAUGUCUGACUCUCCCUCUUCUUAUUCUUCCUCCUCUUCUUCCUCUUCUUCCUCCUCCUCCUCUUCCUCCUCUUCCUCUUCUUCCUCCUCCUCUUCAUCCUCUUCCUCUUCCUCACUUCACAACGAACAGGUGCUACAAGUUGUGGUUCCUGGCAUAAAUUUACCCGUCAACCAACUGACCUAUUUCUUCGCUGCAGUCCUCAUUAGUGGUGUUGUACAUGAAAUUGGACAUGGGAUAGCAGCUAUUAGGGAACAAGUUCGAUUUAAUGGCUUUGGGAUUUUUCUCUUCAUUAUUUAUCCUGGAGCAUUUGUUGAUCUGUUCACCACUCAUUUGCAACUUAUAUCACCAGUCCAGCAGCUAAGGAUAUUUUGUGCAGGUAUCUGGCAUAAUUUCGUCCUUGCACUCCUGGGUAUUUUAGCUCUUGUUCUCCUUCCUGUAAUUCUCUUGCCGUUUUACUACACUGGAGUCGGGGUGCUUAUCACUGAAGUUGCUGAGGACUCACCUGCCAUUGGACCCAGAGGCCUUUUUGUGGGAGACCUUGUCACCCAUCUACAGGAUUGUCCUGUUACAAAUGUACAAGAUUGGAAUGAAUGUCUAGAUACCAUCGCCUAUGAGCCCCAAAUUGGUUACUGUAUAAGUGCAUCAACUUUACAGCAGUUAAGCUUCCCAGUUAGAGCGUACAAACGGCUAGACGGUUCGACUGAAUGCUGUAACAAUCACAGCCUUACAGAUGUGUGCUUUUCCUACAGAAAUAAUUUUAAUAAGCGUUUGCAUACAUGUCUACCUGCCCGGAAAGCAGUGGAAGCCACCCAAGUUUGUAGAACCAAUAAAGAUUGUAAAAAAAGCUCAAGUUCAAGUUUCUGUAUAAUACCUUCUUUGGAAACUCAUACUCGCUUAAUAAAAGUGAAACACCCACCUCAAAUCGAUAUGUUGUAUGUAGGACAUCCACUGCACCUUCACUACACAGUGAGCAUCACCAGUUUUAUCCCACGUUUCAACUUUCUAAGCAUAGAUCUGCCUGUGGUUGUGGAGACAUUUGUCAAGUACCUGAUUUCCCUCUCGGGAGCUCUGGCUAUUGUUAAUGCAGUGCCCUGCUUUGCUUUGGACGGACAAUGGAUUUUAAACUCUUUCCUAGAUGCUACUCUUACCUCAGUGAUUGGAGACAAUGAUGUCAAAGAUCUGAUAGGAUUUUUCAUCUUGCUUGGUGGCAGUAUACUUUUGGCUGCCAAUGUGACUCUGGGACUCUGGAUGGUUACAGCACGGUAAUAUUUGCACUCAUUUGAUAGAAUCUCUGAGUUACAAUAUACAAUAUUGAAAACCUUACUUGGUGUGAAAUAUAAAGUGUUUCCUUAAAAUUACAUUUUAGCCAACAACUUUAAGUUCUUUAUCCAGAGUAUCCAAACUCUGGGAUGGGGGAUAAACAGAAGAAAUGAAAGGCAUAGUCCCUGAUUACAUUCUAGUUUUAAAGACUGAACCUACAACCUUCAGAUGCUUGUGGAACAAUUUCUAAACAAGUGCAAAUUCAUAUUAAACCAUUUUUGUGUGGCUACGUAUCAUGUUGAAAUAAUGUAAAGGAAAACAGAAUUGGGUAGGAUUAAUUGGGAAAAACUUCUUGAAAAAGCAUCAUUAAUCCAGAUUUGAAGGAGACCAGACUUUGGCCAAGUGGAAAGGUGAGCAUUUUCUUGGUCUAUAUCUCUUGUCCCUUGUCUUGUUUGAAAAGUAUUUUUAAAUUAAACUGUGUAUUAUUUUGUACUCUGACAACUGAGGUCUGAUUACAAUUAAAUUAAUAAAAUUCUGUAAAAGAAUCUGCUGACAUGAAAGGGAAAAUCUUUGUCAAAUGACGCCAAAUAAAUGAACAAAGAGGAAGUAGGGUCUAUAAUAGGGUGAGACGUGUUUUGCCCCACAAGAGUUGCCUCUUUGAUAAUAUGUCCCUAUACUCUCAUAAAGCCACACUACCCUUGACAUUCAGAGUGAGCUGCAGAAGUAUCUCCCACCUGCAGUAUGUGAGCUGAGACAGUUAGGGGUGAACCUCAGAACUGAGCCAGGUGGGUCUUGCGGCAGGUCACAAGACAGAUCACAGGACCUUCUGCAGUCCUGGUUACUGUUCUCUACAGAGCUUCAAAGCUUGAAAUCCUUCCGGGGUAGAUAUUUUCUCUUGUGCUGCUGGAGCUAUCUGGGGACUAGCUCCUAGGUCCCUGUCUUCAAGAACAAUUACCUUAAGCCCUGAACCAUACUCUGUCCUCACCAGUGGCUCCGAUGUUUCUCUGUGUUGGGUAAUUAAAUAUGUAGUCCUUGCUUUCCAUCUUUCCCCUAAGCUACCUCUGCGGGUCCACGAAAGACUUGGUAGUAAAGUGAGUAUGGCUGCAUGUGAGUACAAAUGUGGAUUUGCCAGUGCCCGGGAACUGACUCUUGAGUCCGAAAGAGCCCUGCCUAGUUUGAGAUCUUUUGGACUGGAGAUGCAGCCCUGGAAGAUCUGGGAAGUCAAUAGGCCAAUGUGAAGCUGUUGGUAUUAGAAGUAUAUGAGCAAGCUGUUUCUUUGAUGAAAAGUAUUUGCUUCUCUCAUAUACUCAAGAACAUGAAUAGUCAUGUAUCCAACUUUUUCACUAAUUGAGGUAUUCGUGGGGUUCACCUCUUUCAGAUCACUGAGUUGCUUUUUAGGCACUAAAACUUUUUAACCAUUUUUAAGGAAACUUUAGAUUGUAUUAUAAAUCUGCCUGCCUUCUUAAACAGAAAUUAUAUAUUGAAUAUAAUUUUAACAUUUUUUUAAUGACUCAAGGUCAUCAGUUAUUACCACUACUUAAAACUGUACAAAUUAUUGGUUUAUCCUAGGAAAAAGGCAUUUGUUCUAUUUUCAGGCAGACGGUCUUUCAGGAUUAAAGUAUAUUAGCAGAGUAAUACGCAGACCUGUUCAGGUAGUAAAGUUUGGGGAAUACCGUGAAAUACUUACAUAAUUAAUUCGAUUACAAGAACUAAGCAGUUUAUUAAUGGAAAUGCUAUAUAUGUGCAGGUCAGCUUUUUAAAACUGAGAAAAAAAUUUAAUAGAUGAAAUCCUACCUGUAAACUUCUUUUUCUGGGUGGAAAAAAAUCCCCAAGCACGUCAUUUUCUUAUGGCUUUUAAACACCUUGGUCUUCUGCUACAUUGGGUCAGGAUUUGGCAAACACUCUAUUAGGAUAUUGAGCAGAUCAGUCCCAUUUUUACAGAAAUGGCCUCAUUGUGUAAGAAAGGAAAUAUUAUGUGUUGUUUCUUCAGCUUGAUUGUGGGCACUUCUAGAGUGAGGACCAUGUCAUAUUCAUCUUUGCAUCCCUGGCACAGUGCAUGAGACAUCAAAAAUACUUAAUAAAUGUGGUUGAAUGGAUGAUGAUUAGUGUUAUUUAUGGAUUAGAAAAGCAUGUUUCUAUUUAAGUAAGCUGUAAGAAGUAUUGUUGAAUAUACUGUAAAUAUAUGUUGACAUAAAAUAAUAACUUGGAAGGUCUUUGUGUCCCUGAUAUAUUAUCAUCUUUAUGAAAAUAGUCCAUUUUGGUUUCUGUAGAGCAAUUAGAAAAAUGAAUUAUUUUGAGGAUUUGAAGAAAGUGUUGUGUUGGCACUUGUUCAACAGUAAAACUUUAUUUUCAGUGUUUCUACUCUGCACUGUUUACAUUUUUCAGGGUUGUUUUUAAUCACUUAAAAUCCGUAAAGGAUGUAUAUAUUCUUUUUAGCAUUUCACUUUGAAAAGACAUGCAGUUAAACUUGACCUUCUGAUAAUCGCUCUUACAGGUCAUUAUCUGUUCUGACAGUAAAUUGUAACCCCGUGCACUUCAUGGAUAUGUGGCUCUUAGUCAUCAGUUUGUCCUGUGAUAUUUAUUGAAUGUCCACAUACUAAUGGUACACAGGUAUUUUUUUCUAUAAAUCUUUCAACUGAGCUGUAAUUCAUUCUUAGGCUUUAACUUGAAGAUAUCAUAGUUGCUGGCGUUUAAUGUUUAGCAAUAAAAGAAUAAAUGUGUACCAGCAUUCUAUGUUUUAUCAUCUAUGUGUUGUAUUUUUAAUUUGUAUUCUUUUCUGUCAAAAUUUUUCCCUUUACAUACAGUACCAUCUUAGAUGUUUUAAAAUUCUUGAUUCUAAAAGCAGCCUCAGUUUUCACUCAAGCAAUCCGUAUAUGAAAGUUGUUGGUAGGCCACAGAAAGAAGUCUUUUUUAAAUG